UGUUAAUAAGCAUACUACGUCACAUUUACAGGCUGUUAAAAUGUCAGAUAGCAUUUUACCUCUAUUAUAAUCUAUCAUUAUCUAUAAAUUAUUAUGUGAAUUUUAAAGUAAUGUUAUCAUAUAGCUUUUAAAGUAGUGUUAUCAUAUGGAAUAGCUACUUGUUUCAUGUAACUGGUUUAUUACAUCAAGAUUAUAGGACUGGUUUGUAUAGAAUUUGGGAAGAUGUAUAAAAGAUAUAUUACAUACAGAAGACCAAGUGUGUCAAAGAAACGAUAUCAAAUUGAUUUUCUUAAACUGUUUGAAAGAUAUUGCUCCGAUAUACCAGAGAGCAAGUCUCCCUUAUCUGGGAUUCGAGUAUUGGAUCUCACAAGGAUUAUAGCUGGUCCUUAUUGUACUAUGAUACUUGGAGAUCUGGGUGCAGAGAUCUUAAAAAUUGAACGACCAAAUAUUGGGGAUGAGUCUAGAAAAUGGGGGCCACCAUUUUUUGAAGGUACCAAAGAAUCUACGUACUUCAUGUGUGUUAAUCGUAAUAAAAAGAGCAUCUGUGUGGAUUUGAAGAAAGGAAAAGAAAUUAUCUAUGAGUUAGCAAAGAAGUCAGAUGUACUUGUUGAAAACUAUGUUCCUGGGAAAUUGGCAGAGAUGGGUCUUGGUUACAAGGAUAUCAGUAAAGUAGCUCCACACUUAAUAUACUGUUCAUUGACGGGUUUUGGAUCUGAAGGACCAUAUGCAAGUCGUCCAGGAUAUGAUGUUAUUGCAGCAUCUAUGGGAGGACUAAUGCAUAUAACGGGGCCUAAAGAUGGAGAUCCUUGCAAAGUUGGAGUUGCAAUGACAGAUUUGGCAACAGGUUUAUACGCACAUGGAGCUAUCAUAGCAGCAUUGCUUCAAAGAUUGAAAACUCAAAAGGGACAAUGGAUUGAAUGUAACUUAAUGUCUACUCAAGUAGCGAGUUUAAUAAAUAUAGGAUCAAAUUAUUUAAAUGCUGGAAAGGAAGCGACAAGGUGGGGUUCUGCACAUGAGAGCAUUGUUCCUUAUGAAGCCUUUCAAACAAAAGAUGGAUAUCUAACAGUAGGUACUGGAAGCGAUGUGCAAUUUUUAGCACUUCUAAAGAAACUAGGAUUAUCGGAAUUAGAAACUAAUGAAAAGUUCAAGAACAAUACAGAGAGAGUAAAGAAUAGAGAAGAAUUAUUAACAAUACUCCGUAGGGAAUUCCUCAAGAAAUCUAAUAAAGAAUGGUUGACAAUAUUGGAAGGUUCCCCGUUCCCUUAUGGUCAAGUUAAUACCAUAGGGCAGGUUUUUGAUGAUCCUCACAUAAAGCACAUUGAGCUGAUCAAAGAGAUGGAUCAUCCAGUGGUUGGAAAGGUUAAAGUCGUUGGACCAGCAGUAACCUAUAGCUACGCCGAAAAUCGUGUGAGAUUACCUCCACCAAUGUUAGGGCAACACACUACAGAAGUGCUGAAAACCCUCCUGAAUUAUUCAGAAGAAACCCUAAAAGCUUUGCAGGCUGACAAAGUCGUACAAUAAUGAGGAAUCAUUGCUUACUAUAGACUUUUCACAAUGUAUAAUAUAAUCAACAAUUGUAUGAUUAAUAAAUGUUUUUGUCUAAAUACA